ACCCUUUCCAUUUCACACUGUACCAUCGAGUAAGCUGACUAACUCGGCUUAUUCCGGCGGUCUUUUUUUCUGGUUAACGUCUGCCGCAUAUACCUUAUGGCAGCACAGGCUCAAGGCGUUCCCACCGGGCCGACACUACCGAUCGUCGCAUGCUUACGAUGUAGAGAACAAAAGCUCAAAUGCGGUCGGGAGCAGCCAUCUUGCGAGCGCUGUCGGAAGCAAGAUGCUGCAUGCACUUACCCGCCACCACCAGAUCGGAAGCGGAUCGCCGCUGAGAAGAACCGAUCAAAGGCCUCCCAAUCGAACAAUUCAUCGCACACACGUGAGCAUGAGUCUUCGUCUUCGGAGGCCAAUGCAGCGAAGAGGCGCCGAAUCAGCCAUGAUACCACCGGUCCAUUCAAUUGCCUGGCAGAGCCUGAAGCCGCAGAUCUACCAUCUACAGAAAUCGGCCUACUGCUCCAAGAAGUAUACUACAAACGUAUAUACAACGCCCACUUGAUGUUCCACAAAACGGUCGCGUUCCAGGUCUAUAUGUUGAAUAAGACGCCGGACUAUCUUCAGCGGGCGAUAUUCGCACAUGGAGCAUUAUUUCUGCAAGAAGUAGACCCGCAAUAUCAGAAAUACGUUAAAGCAUAUCCAAUGCAGACACUUUAUGAAAGGUCAUGGUCGUGGGCACAUGCGGCAAGCGUGCAAGUUCUCUCGCACGUCGAUGAGCCAUCUGUCCUGAAGGUACAGACGCUCCUGAUAUUACAGCAAUUCUACUGGGCGCGCGGCGAAAUCGUCCGCGCCAAAGUUCACGCCACGUUGGCAUGGCGCUUGAGCGAGUUGCUCGGCUAUGGCAAACUGUGCGAAAUGGAGGAAGAUCCUACUCUGAUGAACCCCAGCCUCGUGUUCGAUCGUGAGAUAAGAAGACGAUCUUUCUGGGCUAGCUGGGCUACCAUGUGUCUUCACAGCGAGGAAAUGCACCGAAUAGUUGAGAGCGUGUAUUGUCUACCACUACCGGCAACAUUCGGCCCAGGAGGUUCCAUUCAAGGUGUAGACCUCAUACAUGGCAAGAAGUUGAUCGACGUAUGGAAGUUGUAUGAGUCCCCUAUACGAGACGACCCAGACGACUGCAAGCCUAGCUCUUUGAUGGCAGAGUUGAUGAAACUAUUGGGAAUCUGGGCCCAAAUCCGAGCUUGGGCGUCAAUAGUCGACGAUGGCCGCUGGGAUUCACAAGCAAUGCAAGAAAUUGAGCGGAUAGAGAAGUGUCUCAACCAAGUCGAGCCUUAUAUGCAAUUUCCUGUCGGGGAUAUCUUCGCCAAGGCCAAGUCCUAUGAUGAAAGCCCUGAAUUUCUUGUAUGCGUCUGCUCCGUGUACUACAUAAGCCGGAUUUUCCUAGAGUCUCACAAGAUGCUCGUUCAAAGCACUAGACUGCAAUCGCUCGGAGCGGGGCCAGAAUUUUACGUCGAUGCUAUAGGCAGAAUCAUUGCAGAGUCGAUGCAAUUCAUUCGGCUACUGAAGCAACUCCUUGACAACGGACAGGACAUCACAAGACUGUGGCAUGUCACAGGGUAUACGGCGUUUAUAGUAGGACGGAUAAUGGCGUACUUGCUUGGUCUCCAACGAUCGAAAUCGUUUAAUCUCAUGUCCCCAUCACAGGCCCUCGAAUUCCGGUCAGAAGGAACAAAAACCUGCCAGACUGUGCUAGAAAUCCUAAGCAUCUAUUGGAAACCUCUGAAAUCAUUACUGGCAAAUUUGGACGCGAUCACAAAACUCGCAGACGAUGGUACACACACAGGGGUAUCCUAUCCAUGGGAAUACAUAAAUUUCCUCCCCGAUUGUGAGCCAAAACCAGACAUUGGCAUUCGAGAACAAGCCUUCAACCAUAAUCUCCUCGCCCUUAGCCUCCAAAAGAGCAAGCCGCAAUUUGGAUAGUGAGUCGCCAGCUGCUAGCACGAUCGACAGCGCAGACUAUCUCUCAGAUGUUCCAGGACAGCGUGGAAGGGAAUACAAAAAAGCAAAAUGUGCGAGGAAUCCAUGACUAGAUAUGUCCAAGCUGC